AUGAACAGCAACGCAUUGCGGGCGUAUUUUAGGGCGAAAGGGGGAGAAAUUGGAGGUUUUGCGUAUCGAGCAAGGAUUCAUCGACUUUUUGCUGAGCUGGAGCCAUCUGUAACCGUCACCGAGCAAAACCUGGCAGACCGAGUUCAGAAUAUCUUGCGCUCAAAUACAUUUGAUGUCACCGAACUCGUACGACUACGACGUGAGGCUGUUCCUUCUUCGGAUGAAAAUGCUACGGCUGAGGAUGCGGCGCCACAACUUGCAGAGCAACCGGCAAACGUGGAUGCCGCCGUGAAUACCCCAGUUUUGGUUGAUUCAAACGAUGAUGGAACAGUGGCCAAGGAACUGGAACUGGAGCAAAUGAGGAGUACAUUGGAUGAGGCGAUUUUGGAAACGUGCAGUACGCCUCUCGAAAAUCGACCGCGACCUCCCCGCAUAGCCCUCAGCAAGCGGAAUCAGGCUAUCGUGAGGGCUCUGAACCCAAUGCUGGUGACCAAUUUGGAAGCCAGCCGGGACCCAAUUCUCAAUUCUCAAAGGACUCAAAGGACUCAAUUCUCUUUGGCGCCGCACUGGAAGUGUGCCGUAUUAUAG